ACGAGGGAAUGGGAGUCAGUGAGGCAUUCCAAGUGGCGGCGAUUAUUCAUGUGCUCCCGCCGGCUUGGGAUGAGUUCUAGAGCUAUCUCAAGCUCAAACGGAAAGAAAUGACUUUAGAACAGUUGCUUGUUCGUCUCCGGAUCCGUGAAGAGGGUCUCAAUCGCGAGAAGAAAGUAGUUGUUGCUAAGGCCAAUGUUGUGGAGCAUCCACCCAAAGAGGGUUCUUCCAAAGGGCCCAAGCCAAAUAAGGACAAGAAGAAAAUUGGUCCUAAAGGAGGCGUCGCGAAGACCAAGUUCGCGGGGAAAUGCUACAACAGUGGCAUUAUGGGCCACCGUUCUUCAGAGUGCCGCAAGAAGCCUCAGAAGAAGGAGAAGAAUAAGGAAGAAGCUCUCUGCUCGGAGCUAGAUGCUAUGGACCUUUGUGCUGUCGUGACAGAGGUCAACCUGGUCGGGUCUAACCCGAAAGAGUGGUGGGUUGACACCAAAGCCACUUGUCAUAGCUGCUCCAAUCGGGCCAUGCUCUUUGACUUUAAGGAGACUUCUGCCAACAAGGAUGAAGCGUGGUCACUGUGGGGGCAGUACCGGAACCUCCGAUCAGUCCCUUCUGUUCCUGCUAAAAACAGUGACUCUUGAAAAUGAUGAGGUUAGCAUAUAAAAAUGCUUUAAUGAUUCUUAAUCAAUAGACAUGGUUGUA